AUGGCGGCUGCCAAGGAAACUCAUGAGGGGCACAAAACCUCCCCAGAGAAUGUGGAUGCCUCAAACCGCGAUCCACAGUUUGAGCCGGUAAUGGCUCGUCGUGAGCUGCUGCAGAUUAAGACCCUUGAAGAAGAUGAAGAAGAGCUCUUCAAGAUGAGAGCCAAGCUAUUCCGAUUUGCAAAUGAGAAUGGCCUUCCCGAAUGGAAAGAGCGAGGGACUGGUGACGUGAAGCUGCUGAAACACAAGGAGAAAGGGACCAUUCGCCUCCUCAUGAGAAGGGACAAAACUCUGAAGAUCUGCGCUAAUCACUAUAUAACACCGUUGAUGGAGCUGAAGCCCAGUGUAGGGAGUGACAGGGCCUGGGUCUGGAACACACACGCUGAUUUUGCCGAUGAAAGCCCCAAGCCUGAAGUGCUGGCGAUUCGAUUCCUAAAUGCAGAAAAUGCUCAGAAGUUUAAGGCAAAAUUUGAAGAAUGCAAGAAUGAAACAAGAGAAAGAGGAAAGAGAGCCGGAGCAGGCUCUAAAGAGAGCAGCACCAAAAAAGUGGUGGAGAAGUUCUCGGAGCUGUGUGUGAAGGAGGUGAAGGAGGAGAAAGAAGGAAGCCAAGAGCCCGAGAACCCCGAGGCACCUGAGGAGGAGACCUAG